AUGUUACAGGCAGCAGCAACUGCAGGAUCAGUACAGGAAGUGAGAGAAAUUACUCGAGUUGAGCGAAUCGGUGCUCACUCUCAUGUCAGAGGCUUAGGCUUAGACGAUGCUUUAGAGGCUCGCCAGGUUUCGCAAGGAAUGGUAGGCCAGCUCAGUGCUAGAAGGGCAGCAGGAAUUAUUCUUGAAAUGAUUAGGGAUGGAAAAAUUGCUGGUCGCGCUGCAUUAAUAGCUGGACAUCCCGGAACUGGGAAAACAGCUAUUGCAAUGGGUAUGGCUCAAGCUCUUGGCACAGAUACACCCUUCACAAGUAUAGCUGGCAGCGAAAUAUUCUCCCUCGAAAUGAGUAAAACGGAAGCAUUAACGCAAGCCUUCCGGCGGUCCAUCGGAGUAAGAAUCAAAGAAGAGACAGAAAUUAUAGAAGGAGAGGUCGUUGAAAUUCAAAUCGAUCGUCCAGCUACUGGUUCUGGACAGAAAGUUGGUAAACUCAUAUUGAAAACUACUGAAAUGGAAACAGUGUAUGAUUUAGGAUCGAAAAUGAUUGAAUCUUUAACAAAAGAAAAAGUUCAAGCUGGUGAUAUUAUUACAAUUGAUAAAGCUACCGGGAAAAUAUCGCGUCUUGGCAGGUCUUUUACACGGGCUAGAGACUAUGAUGCAAUGGGACCUCAAACAAAGUUUGUUCAGUGCCCUGAAGGCGAAUUACAAAAAAGGAAGGAAGUUGUUCAUACUGUCACGCUUCAUGAGGUUGACGUUAUCAAUAGCAGAACUCAAGGCUUUCUAGCUCUUUUUUCCGGCGAUACCGGAGAAAUAAAAACCGAAGUUCGCGAACAAAUUAAUACCAAAGUUGCAGAAUGGCGAGAAGAAGGAAAAGCUGAUAUAGUUCCUGGGGUUUUGUUCAUUGAUGAAGUUCACAUGUUAGAUAUUGAAUGUUUUUCGUUCCUAAACCGAGCAUUGGAAAGUGAUCUAGCUCCAAUCUUGAUUAUGGCUACAAAUCGUGGCAUUACAAAAAUUCGUGGAACAAACUAUAGCAGUCCUCAUGGAAUACCAAUUGAUUUACUUGAUCGACUUUUAAUCAUUUCAACGUCACCUUAUGAUGAGGAUGAAGUAAAACAAAUCUUAACCAUACGUUGUGAAGAAGAAGAUGUCGAAAUAUCUGAAGAUGCUUUGUCCGUGUUGACCAAAAUCGGCCAAGAUACUUCUCUUCGCUAUGCCAUACAACUUAUUACAGCUGCAAAUUUAGUUUCCAGGAAGAGAAAGGGCACUGAAGUUAGCGUGGAUGACGUAAAGAGAGUUUAUGGACUGUUCUUAGAUGAGUCUCGCACAAUCUCUUUCCUAAAAGAGUAUCAAAAAUCUUUUAUGUUUAAUGAAGUUGAUGACGAAGCCGCAACAGAUCCGAAAGGAGACGCUGAUGGCGAUGCGAUGGACGUUUCUUAGGCGAUUACGUCUUGGCUACCUAUGAUUUUUUAAGAUAUUUGCCCUUAGAAUGCGAUGGCAAUAAUGCUAUAGUACUUGUAGUGUAUCAACAUCGUGUACAAUUACGUAUUUAUAGAUAUGAUAUCUCAUCUUUGUUCUAGCAGUGGUCAAUCCAAUAGAUUCAUUAUUGCUAUUAUUCCUCUAUUCGAUCGUGCAUUUUCUGUCUACGAAUUUUCGUGCAACUUAUUGUACAUUAUUGAACAUAAAAUAGAUCGAUUACUCGUUUAU